CUCGUGCUGCAUCAUCUGAUUAUCGUAGGGCAUAGUCUACAUUGGUGUUUGAUCAAUGCUCAUAAUCACGAUCAAUAUGCUCUACCAAGAAGUCCUACGGUAGCCUAGAACUGUCUUCGAAGAACGUAUUCCUGUGCAAAAUGCUUAUCAACGAGAUGUGCAAGUCUAUGCUAUUCAGUAUCAGCCUCGCAUCACAGAAUCGAUGUAUCGAGAUGACCUUCGUAAUUGGAUAUCGCGAUGAAGUCCAAUGUCUCCAUAUUCAUGAACAACUUGCUUGUUCCCACCUUGUUGUGACCUCGGAAUCGUCUCGUCGGGGCCAUGACGUACUUUUCUGCUCCACAAUUAUUCUAAAUCGCAUCCACAAAGGCCACAUGCCGAGUGGAACUCAUUUCGGAGAAAUAGCCAAGCCAUGGGCUACCGUAGUCUGGAUUGUGCCAUCACCUGGCAAGCUUCGCGGAUUGAGAGGAACAGCAGUUGCGUGUCCGAGACAUACGCAGAGCGAAUGGCCUUCCGUUGGCUACGGUGCAGGGUCUUGCAAAUCCGAACGGCACUGUUCAGCCGAGGUCAUCAUGGCAUGCUGGAGAUCGAAUUCAUUUUUGGCAAUCGCAGUGGACAUCGACGCUGGAGGCCGUGUGCGGAGACCACAGCGCCAAUGGGACGCGCGAAAGUGCAGUCAUGGUGCGAGCAAUUCGGAAAUUCGAAAAUGGAAGUGAGGUGCGCAAGGUCCAGAGUUUCGAUGGGUAGAACUCUAGAUUUAUGCGCGCGAUCUAUGUGCUAUUCCGGGGAGGUCACGGCGAUCGCGAGGCAUUUCCAGAGAAGACUCGUGAUCAGUGCAAACUUUCACCGAAAUCGUUUCUCAGACUGAGCCGGAAG